AUGUCUUCGACGACUGUCUUCCAACACCGUAUACCCAUCCAUUUCUGCCCCGAGCUGUUCGGCGAGUAUCUGUCAUACGUAGAAGGUUUAGACCUCGAUGCUUGUUCGCAAGUUUGCCAUUACUGGAGGGAGCCAGCGAUGUCUGCACGGCUCAGAACGGUCGAUGCCGACGAUGAGGUGCAGCUCGCACUCCUACAACACGAUUCUCGUCGUUUGCGAUAUGUCCGCAAUCUCAUUGGUGACACUUGGAGCCCGUUCACCACCGCGUUCACGUCUUACCCAGUCCACCUGAGGACCCUUGUAGUCCGAGGAACGGACUUCGUCGCGACGAAGGAACAAAUCAAUGAAGCUAUCAUUGCGUUUUCUGGUACCAUUACAACGUUCAUAAUUCAAAAUUCCCUUCGAAUGUCCUACCAAGACUUUUGCGGAAUGCUUCAGUCUCUUGCUCAUUGUAAAUUGCUUCGAACAUUGACACUUCCGCCUCCUGCUAGGGAGGUCAAUGACCAUUCCUCCCACCAACAACGCGCUGAUGGUGCCCAUGCUGCGAUUCAUGCGAUGACUCGCGUUGAAGAAGAAAGGCCAAAAGUGGUGUUCUUGCAGCUCGUCCCUUUAUCUCAUCGCCACGAUCCUAAAUAUACCGGCAAAGCCGCUUAUGCUCAAGAGUACGAAUGGUUGGAUAGACAUAAAUGCCCUUUCGACCUUAGCGAGCUUGCAACACUGGUUGUAGGUGCUGCUAGUGCUGCGCAGAUCCUCUUUCCCUCAAUUUCGGAGCACCUCACUAGGCUCGAGCUCUGUCUACCCUUUGACAACCGCACUGCCUGGACAGAAUACGAAACCCUUACAGGAGCUCCGAUUAUUAUGCCUGCCUUACGGUAUCUCGGUUUAACCUUUCAUAUACGCCCGUCAAACUGGUUACUGGACGUUAUUCGAACGCCUGCAGUCAAGACUAUCUGCAUAAAAUGGAACACCUCUAUCUUAUACAGCACGUAUUGGACCCAGUUUAGGAGCAUUGACAACCAAAUUUCUAGAUUGGACGACGGUCAUAUAUUUCCCCAGCACCUGUCAGACAUUCACCUUUUAACGAUAUUUUGUCCUGAUGUCCAAUGGUGCGCACAGGCGUUUCCGAUUUGCUCUCAUUCUGGUGUCAAUGUUUCUUCGUCUAUUGGUAGCUGGUAA